CAGGACGACAGAGAAACCGAGAAACCGGAUCCGCUGCUGACAACAACAACAAACACAAAGAUGUCUCGCGGAGCGCCGAGCCCCGGUCGGUGAGAUGCCAGUAACGGAGUGGAGAGGAUGCGGCGCGUGCUCGAGCUGCUGGCGCGUGCUGCUGCUCGCUGCGUCCGCGCUCGUGCUGCUGGCGGAGAGAGCGGCGCUGGUCUGCUGUGUGGGCUUUUAUCUGUGGAAAGAGGAGCUGUGUUUGGCCGGACUGACCUUUUCCCUCUUGUUGCCGGGGUCACUGGUGCAGGUGUUGAGUUUCAGGUGGUACAGGGCCGACGGAGACAAACGGACAUGCCACAAUUUCAUCAUACACACACUUCACCUGGGCAUCUUCAAAAGGUUUUGGGAUUGCAGUGUGUGUGAAUGGACGGCUCAGGGCUCAUCACAGUCACAUGCGCAGGAGGUGAUGCAGCAUGCAGAUGUGUCUGCUCUGCGUCUGCUGGAGGUUUUGCUGAUGACUCUACCGCAGACACUCCUGCAGACGUACGCUCUCACUGCUACUGACUAUGGCCUCUCAUCUCCAGUUGCUCUGUGUGGUGUCGUGUGUUUGCUCUCGCUGUCCUGGGCGCUGGUGCUCUACAGCCGAGCCUGUUGUUUGAUCCGUCCUGGGCAUUUGCAGAUGCCGCCAGCAGCUCUCCUGUGUCAGCUGCUGUGGAGGAUGGGCAUGUUAGCCGCCCGCUUCACCAGCCUCGCCCUGUUCACCCGCACCUUCGGCUGCUGGGUCAUCGGGGUCCUGGCGUCUCAUUGGUUGAUGGCUGCGCUGUGGUUGGUCUCGCAGCAGACUGACAUAUAUGUGGGUCAGUGGUCAUGGCGCGUGUUUAACUUCAUUCUGGGAGGCGUGCAUGUGUUUCUGUUUCUCAACGUGAAGGAUGGCCCAUCCCGCUUCCGGAUGCUGGGAUUCUACACGGUGAUGCUGCUGGAAAAUGCUACACUGCUAUUGGCUGCAUCUGACAUCUUGACUGAAGCAUCAUGGGAUAGCCUGACCGUCCCUACUGCUGUGCUCUGCAGCUUUCUGCUCGGUUUGACGUCCCUUAUGUUGUACUAUCGUUUCCUGCAUCCCAAGUCCACUGAAAUCUCUCUGGGUUUACGUCAGCGUGCACACAUGGGUCGAGAGUGUCUUCGGCAGGGAGAUUCGUCCUUCUCUCUGGGGGACAAAAGUCUUCCACCGGCCCCUCUUCCAGUCCUCUUCCCGUCUUCUCAUCCUUCCCUCUCCCUCUCUGGGAUCCCCGGCUCUCUUCUGGAGCAUCCUGGGAGCUGCGGCGUCAAGCCGGACGGGGAGUGUCGCCACCAUCACUGGCUGCUCAUCCGCCUCGCUCUGAAAACCGGCGACCCAGUUAAGAUCAACGGGGCGUAUGGGGCGGGUGGCGUGUCUGGGAUACUGGUGGUGGAUCAAAAGGGAGAGAUCAUGGAGGACAGGUGUGUGUCCACUUCGGAAAGCCAGGAUGAGGAUGAUACGAUGGCACCGCUGUCCGACUGCAGGGAGGAGUUUGAGAGUGUGAGUGAAGCCAGAGAGGAAGAAGAUGCUGAAGACAGCCUCGAAAUGGAGAGCCCGUUAGAGUCGCUCACAUCCGAGUGCAAGCGGAGCUCGCCCGAGGGAAAGUCUGUUUUUGGGGACAGCCCUGAGCCCAAUUAUUGCCCCACCGAAUCCAGCUCCACUUUAUACUUCAGCGCCGACCCACAAUCGCCCAGCAGCUCCAGUAACCCACGUCUGGACCGCGAGACGCCCUUCGGUUUCGGUUCUGGAACCGGGCUGGAAACUCUAGACGAGUUGAGCCCUAUUUCCACAGACGGCGGGCUCCACAGGGAUCACACCAGGGGGCUUCUGGGCCGAGCGGGACCCUGCUACACCUCUGCACCCGGACUGAGCGGGCAAGGGUUUCCAGAGACGCACCUCAGAGGCCCCCGCAGGCAAGUGGUUCUGUCCCGCAGGGGUCCGGAAGAGGACGGUGGCUUUUAACAGCAUAUGAACUGCAGCUUAAAGUGGCGUUCACACCGGUUUCCAGCAUGAAAGUUGUUGCAGUGUAGGGAAUGUUAACCUCCGUCAAUGGCAAAUACCAAUGAGGGUGAAGAUGACCCAGAUGAAGCAAGAUGGAGAAGCAGUUAAUUUUGUGUAAUUUGUCUUUGCCCACAUUCAGGGAUGUAAUUUAAAAAAUGAUUUGUGGAAAACUUUAUCAGAAAUGAGUUUCAUUCAUGCAAAAAUACUCAUUCAUCUUGUUCAUGAUGUGAUGCAAUUUCAUCAAUACUACAUCUCUUCCAGAAUGUGAAUUUUUAGAUGCAGGAAAACACAUUACAUAUAUACACACACAUGCAGACACACUACUGUACUGAAGUUUGUUGUUGAUUUUGUGGGGUUAGAUUUUUUUAUAAAAGAAGUCUCUCCUGCUCACCAAGACUGAAUUUAUUUGAUCAAAAAUAAAGUAAGAACAGUAAAAUUUUGAAAUAUUAUUACAGUUUAAAAUAGCUCUUUUCUAUUUGAAUAUAUUUUGAAAUUUGAUUUAUUUUCUGUGAUGCAAAGCUGAAUUUUCAGCAUCACUCCUCCAGCUUAAGUGUCACAUGAUCUUCAGAAAUCAUUCUAGUAUGAUUAUUUGCUGCUCAAGAAACAUUUCAGAUUAUCAACUUGAAAAACAGCUCAGUUUUGCUGCUUCUUUUUUUUCAUGGAAACUGUCAUACACUUUUAUUUUAAAGUAUUUUUUGUUGGAUAGAAAGUUAAAUAACAUUUACAUAAAAAAAAAUAGGAAUCUUCUGUAAGAUUAUUAUUAUGUCUUUACUGUUACUUUUGAUCAGUUUAAUGUGUUCUUGUUGAAUAACACUAUACUUAAUACUAACUCCAAAAUCAUAACAACUCCAAACUUUGAUAUAUAUAUAAACACACAUAUAAAUAGUAGUUUUACAGCCUGCAUAAAACCGCUCAUUGACUGUCGGUGUAAACGGGGCAUUAAUUAAUGAAAUACAAGCAGCUGAAACUUGAACCCAGAUGUGAUAUUUAAGACAAUAGAAUUGAGUUAAAUAUUUAAACAUAUACUGUCUAAAGGAACAAAACCUUUUUUUUUUUUUAUUAUUAUUGUGGUGUUCUCUUUUUAGUUCUUUUUCUGUUUAUGUUCAGAAUGGAACAGUGCACUGUCUACUUUUUAAUAAGUAUGUGAAGUAGUAUGAAGUGAGCAAUGAUAAAUAAGUUACAGUAUCACAUGACCUCAUCACAUUGCGUGUUAAAUUAAACAAGCGGCAUCUAGUUAUCAUCUAAAAAAAAUAACAAUGGUUAUUUUAUAGUUUUAAUCCAUGGUUGCCAGUACAAACAAAUUAGUCAAAGAUGAGAUAAAAAAAGUAAUGUAUUUCAUGCAUGUAGAAAAUUAGCCUACUUUGUACUGUAUAAUCUACUGCAUAUAUGGAAGUAAGCCAUUCUGAACAUAACCGAUAAAAAUCCACAUGCUGUUGGUUUGAACCGAAAGCACAAUCUUCCUGUGAGCUGUAAGUCGUAUCCUCUCAGACUGUGAUGUAAAUCACUCUAAUGAAGGGCUGUGGUCUGGGUUAUCAUUCUUUGGCAUACAGUGCCUGAUACAGACAAAAAAAAUAGACACAAAACUCACCUUAGAACAUGAUUGGACUCUCCAUAUGUAGAUUACCAUAUAAUUAAUAGGGGUUUUGUACUGGCAGAUGCCAUCUCCUUGCAUAAGAAUAUUUGCUCUCUGAUCUUUUCUGCCGGUAUUCAGACUUUUGUAUCUUGGUUAUUUCUCACUUUGUCUUAUCCAUAAAUCUUUGCUUUUGCCUUUCAAAGGAUAGGUCAGGUUUGUUUUUAGUUUUUUUCAUAUUUUUAUAUUUUUUAAGUUACAAAAAUGAAUAUUAACCCUACGUUAAUGAUUUCAUUUGGGGUAUUUAAAGUGUAACAAUUGCACCCUAAUCUUAAUGUGUUGUAUUUAAUUGAAAUUAAUUUAAUUUAAAUUAUUUUUUAUUUCAUUUAAAUGUAAGUUUUAUAUAUAUAUAUAUAUAUAUAUAUAUAUAUAUAUAUAUAUAUAACAAUUUUUUUUUUAAUUAUGCAUUCAUUUGUUCAUGAAUCUAUCAAAUAUUUAUAAAACUGAUUCAUGGUUUGAGCUCGUCUUUAAAAUUUUCACAAAAAAAUAAAAAAUAAUAUAAAUUAAAGAAAAUAUUAAUAAAGAUAUAUUUGAUGCAUUUGCUUUGGACAGGAGUCAUAAUAUGUUUCAGGGGUAUUUUAGUGGUUCUUCACUGUUUGAAGUGCUUACAUAUGUGUGGUUUCCAUUGUUUUACAUGAAAGCAUUUUGAGAGUGUGUACUAUCUAAUAAUUGUUAUUAUUUGCAUGCACUAUUCUGACAGAUGUCUGUGCUCAAACAGUAGUGCAGGGUUGUGUCCCCUAACAGGUCAAUAUUUGCAAUAAUUUCAAUGCAAAUUCUGCCAUAAGAUUAUCAAGUUUUGCAGAUACUGUGAAUGAACGUUUGUUUGGUUUUCCUGGAUGUGGAUUGUUUGCUCUUCUGGUGAAUUCCAUUUACUCAUUAAAUUAAUUUCACAGGAA